AAGUUGCUGACUGCACAAACCGGAGAGAGCAUUGGAUCAUAUUUGAUUAAUUCAGCUGUUCUCGAGCAUCGUCACCCUAAAACCAUAAAGAGACAGUCUCCUGGGCUUUGAAUUAAAAUUAUUUUUCUUACAAUGGAGAAGAGAAUGAUGAAGAUCUUGAUUAUAUUGGCCCUUGGAGUGCACUGCUCAGGUUUCCCUGUGUUUGACUACGAUCCUGAUGCCCUGCACGAAGCCCUCAGCGCCUCCGUGGCAAAAGUGAACUCUCAGUCACUGAGUCCUUUUCUGUUUCGGGCAUUCAAGAGCUCAUUAAAAAGGGUGAAUGUUCUGGAUGAGGACAGCAUGCUCAUGAGUCUAGAGUUCAGCAUCCGGGAAACGACGUGCUUGAGAGACUCCGGAGAAGACCCGUCUGCGUGUGCCUUCCAGAGGGGCUAUGACGUGCAAAGCGCAGCGUGCAGAAGCACCGUGCGGAUGGCGGGCGGGCAGGCGCAGCAGGUGCGGGCUCACUGCCGCUGGGCCGACACGUCCGAGUCCGACAGCAGCGAGGAGAUGAUUUUUGGGGACCUGGGAAGAUUCUCUAAAUGGAGAAACAAUUAUUUCCUUGGUCUCAUGUCUGAGGAAUCCAGAAACGAACAGUUUUACGAUCGGUCACUUGAGCUCCGAAGAAGGACUUCUCCUCCUGCACACAGAAGGCCCCCCACCUACUGGUACCGAGGAAGGGUGGACGGCAGACUUGAGUGACCCUGGAGGUACAGGAGCAGCUGACAGCAAAGUGAAGGAAGACAAGUUCCAGUGAAGAAAAGCACUGUAUGAAUUACAUAAUCUUCAGCUCUAAUAAAUGCCUUCCUUUUC